AUGGAUCAGCUCUCGUUGGUGGCAGAACAUUGCGCAGCUUUUGGCCACGCCUUCGCUUUCCAAGACGCCGAAGCCUUAGGCCAAGGGAGCGAUCAAACGGUCAGGGAGACGCUCGAAACCUGGCACGCCACAACUACCUCAAUCAACCGAUGCGUACCUCUGCCGGCUGCCUACCAAGCCCUACGGAUGAAGCUCAACGGGCAGGGCUACCGACGGGUUGUCAGGCCAGAGACAGCAGUAAUCAAACCCGGACCAAGCGGGAACGCGGACGGGCAUAGACAGGCACCGGGAACGGACGAAACCGGGGGACAACCGGCGGCGGACGCAAACCCAGGAGACCGCCUUCUGGGUCCGAACGCAGACAGACGCCAGCACUCGAUGAGAACGCCCUACAGUGCCAGAACCCCGCAGCCUGAUGUCAACAGUGGCGUGACAACCACCGUAAACACGGUUACGGGCAGGUGGGAAUGGGACAGCGAGAGGAGGCCCCACGACAGUGACAGGACCCCGCAGCCCGACGUCAACAGUGGCAUGACAACCACCGUCCACGCGGUUACGGGCAGGUGCGAAUGGGGCAGGAAGGCGAGAUGCGUCGAGGGCGGACAAUGGACAAUGCAAACAAGAGCAAUGUCCGCGGUCACCCCGGCGCCGCUCCCCUCCCCACACCCGACAAUGGAUGAGGAGGAACCGAUGCCGCCAUGA